AAUGUAAUUACGGUCAUGACAAAUGCAGAGAUGUGGACAGAUUUCGAGUUGGUCAGAACAUAGCCAAAUAUUCCACUACGGGCAUACCGCCCAGUUUGUCAGAAAUGAUUGAAAACCAAUGGUACGAUGAAGCAGCUAAGUUUGAUAAAAAUCUAGUGGACUUAUAUAAAUUUGAUUUGGCUACAGGCCAUUAUUCCCAAAUUGUCUGGGCUGACACGACGAAAAUUGGUUGCGGACUAGCAAAGUAUAAAGAAGAUAAUUGGACUGUGUUUUACUUAGUUUGCAACUAUGGUCCAAGUGGAAAUUUUCCGGGUCGGAAAGUAUAUCAAAGUAAAUAAAUCUAACUGACAAAUAAUGGAAAUAAAAUUUUAAAAAGCAGCACAGAAAUAUGGAAAAUGCACAACGAUAUAUUUUAUCGCUAAAACUAUAUAGUUUUAAUUCUUAUAAUAAUGUCAAUAAAGAGACAUAUAAUAUUCUUUUCUUUCUUUCCUCUGUUUUCUUUCUCUUCAUAUCUGUUGACAACAAGAUUUUCAAUAACUAUUAAAUGUAAUGCCUUUUAAUAUCAAGCAAAUAUAACAAUACAUAUAAUUUCUGUUGUUACAAUGUAUUUAAUAAUAAAAAUAUGCAAUGAAUAAAUAAA